GCUAUGGCUACUUACUACUUCAUUUUAGUACCCUAUGGUAUCAAAAUAAGACCAUAAGCAGCUCCGAACAUGGCCAAUUAAUAGACGAGUAGGUGUGCGACUUGAUUGAUAAUUACCUAGUGAUUGCUGGGAGGUAACUAUGGGAUGUAUACCUCCUGCGUGCGGAGAAUGGACCGAGGUUGUUUGGAGAGUCAGUGUCGAUUAUGGCGAACUAGCUAUCUUUCCCCCGGAUUUCACAUCCCAACCAUGACGAUAAUUCCGAUCCUCUCCAUCUCUUCAAAUACUGCUCUGUCUCCCUUUCAAUUGACACAUCCUGUUCAUACCCAUCCUUCUCCGCGAAUCUCCAAACCACCAUAACAACGCGUUCCUUACCUUUCUACGUUACUUUCAGCUACCAUCUAGAAUUCAUACACAAGAUGAGGGGAAUUCAAAUCAAAGAAUACGUCAAGGGCCCGGAAGAUCUCAAAGUCAUUGAUCUUCCUACCCCCACACCCAAAGAUGACGAGUAUCUGAUCGACAUCCACGCAUCCGCUACGAACUUCUUCGACCUCCUCCAAAUCCGCGGCAAAUACCAGCACCAGCCCGCCUUCCCCUGGGUCGCCGGUUCAGAGUUCUCCGGAGUUGUGGUCCAAGCACCCAAAUCCCUCCCAGGAGGACAGGCUCCCAAGUACAAAGUCGGUGACAAGGUGUUCGGUGCAGGACAAGGCGGAUAUGCUACACAGAUUGCCAUCAAUGAAGAUAGAAUCAGGCGCAUGCCGUCUGGAUGGAGCUUUGAUGACGCUGCUGGUCUAUUUGUUACUGGCCCGACAAGUUACGCUGGGCUAGUCGUCCGAGCGGGAAUCAAGAAGGGUGAUUGGGUUCUUGUCCAUGCUGCAGCAGGCGGUGUUGGCCUCGCCGCCGUCCAGAUUGCGAAAGCAUAUGGCGCGACCGUCAUCGCGACCGCGGGGACACAGCACAAGCAAGAUGUCGCGCGUAAGUUCGGCGCAGACUACGCUAUCGAUUACCGCAAAAGCGACUGGCCGGAACAGGUCAAGAAGCUGACACCUAAGGGCCGCGGUGUCGAUAUUGUAUACGACCCAGUAGGCCUUAUUGCACAGUCGAUGAAGUGCACGGCCUGGAAUGGGCGAUUGUUGGUAAUUGGGUUUGCCGCCGGUGACAUUGAAAAGAUGGCCACCAACAGAAUCCUUCUCAAGAACGUGAGUGUAGUCGGUCUACAUUGGGGAGCCUACUCUAUCAAUGAGCCCGAGAUGAUUGAGAAGGUUUGGGAGGGUUUGUUUGAGCUGAUGGAGUCUGGUAAAUACAAGGGAACCACCUUCAACGACGAGGAGUAUGUUGGUCUUGAGAGCGUGCCAGCAGCUUUGAAGGCGCUGGGUGGACGCAAUAGCUGGGGCAAGGUGGUUGUAAAGGUUCCUCAAACCGGCCAGAGCAAGAUUUAAGAAGGCUAUGAAUGCUAAGCUCUUUGGUGGAAGACCAGCCAGUAGACAAUUCGCACAUAUCCAUUUACUUCAGUUUUGGUCCGUAAAGAAUACCUCACGAUGUACGAAGUAACCAUUAUUCUCAGCAAGUGAAGCUUGCAAAAGCGAUGAUUA